CAACAUCUAACAUGAUACCGGUGACGUCACGCUCCAGUCGGAAGUUCCAGCGCAGCAGUGAACGCUGAGUUUAACCAAGCUUUAAACAGCUAGAACAUGGACGACGACGUGUUGACGACUUUAAAGAUUUUAAUUAUCGGUGAGAGUGGUGUGGGAAAAUCAAGUUUGCUCCUGCGCUUCACAGAUGACACCUUCAACCCAGAAUUAGCUGCAACUAUUGGUGUGGACUUUAAAGUGAAAACUGUUGCAAUAGAUGGCAACAGAGCAAAGCUGGCCAUAUGGGACACAGCCGGUCAGGAGAGGUUCAGAACUCUAACACCAAGCUACUACAGAGGAGCCCAGGGUGUCAUUUUGGUGUAUGAUGUUUCAAAGCGGGACACGUUCACGAGGCUUGAGAACUGGCUUAAUGAGCUGGAGACAUACUGUACACGCAACGACCUGGUUAAAAUGCUAGUGGGGAACAAAAUUGACAAGGACAACCGUGAAGUAGACCGGAAUGAAGGCUUGAAGUUUGCACGAAAACACUCGAUGCUUUUUAUUGAGGCUAGCGCAAAGACACGGGACGGAGUUCAGUGUGCCUUUGAAGAACUGGUUGAGAAGAUCCUGCAGACGCCGGGGCUCUGGGAGAGCAGCGCGCAGAACCACGGCGUCCAGCUGUCUGAUCAUGAACAGCAGCGUCAGGGCGCCUGUGGAGGUUACUGCUCACUAGUUUAACAUCCUCACCUCAACCCAGCAAUCACAAACUGAGAUGGAAAGCAGCGUUUUCUUUCUCCUGAAUGAGAUCUUCCUCUGAGGGGGAAUGGUCUGCUCCCUUCGAGCUGGUCAAAGGGACCUUUGCCGUUUGCACACUCUUUGUCACUCAAUGUUGUUUUAUUCUGUCCCAGUAUUCUGUCAUGUUAUUCUUGACUAAUGUCUCACAGUGCUAUAUUACCUGUGUAAACUGUUCUUAUGCAAAACAAGUCCUUUUGAAGUUUACAGCCUGAGCAUGUUGAAUUCUGCCAGAUAUUAUGCCCCCCCAGCGACAGUGACCGAGUCAGUGGGACCUGAUGUGUGUAGGCCAGUAGGAUUACAGGAGAGAUGAACUCAUUUAACAUGAAUGCCUUCAAAUGUGCUUAACAUAUUCUCUGCUGCUCUCAUUUUAAUCUCCUUCUUUUUUAUUUAAAUCUAGUAUUCCCAUUUUAUUUUUAUAUCUGGCCCUAUCAAUAUUUUUUGCAUGAUUCUGCCUUGAGGAGUAUGAAAUAUGAUCUAUCAUUUUGUAAAUAUUGUCUUCAGUAGCUGUUCUAAAUCAUAAUUCGCACAGUUGUCUACAAAAGUGUUUAGCUGCAGCUCUUAUCAGUUGAGAUACAUUAAGCAUGUUUAAAUAAUGUAAUCUAUGAUCGUCUGAUAUAACAAGAGAUGAUAGUUUACCUCAUUGUGUUUUAAUUUCUCACUCUUUUUAUUUUUUUUUCUAGUUGAAAAUGAAUGGAUACCAAAAAACUUGUGCUCAUUUUUAUUUUUAAUCACAAAGCUUUAUUGGGACUUGAAACAGGGACAAUGUGGUCAUGUCUUAAUAUUUAUUAGAUCUGCAUAUAUAACAUGAUCUCCGUUACAGGCAAUAUCUGGAGAAUCUGGAGAGAGUGUGUGUUAUUGUAGUCAGUCUAAAUGGUACAUGGGUAAAGUGGUCAUUGACUUGAAUUAUAAACAUAUCUUGGUCAUAUUAAUAUGUUUGACUGUUAAUCCCUUAAAUUGAUGUGUUUGUUCUGCUGCAGAGAGAUUUAUUCAGUCUUAGGAAGAAUUGCUUAUGACUUCCUGUAGCCGCAAAACCAUACACUAACCAGCACCCUAAUUAGGAUUCCUUAAAAUUUAUGGGUGUUAAAUUCACAUACUCCAUUUUGUAGAUGCUUGCUUUCAUUUUGGCUGUUGUCCUUCAACAGCAAUGUUCUAGUCUGUAUGCCGUUUUCUGCUUUGGAGUGGAAAAUUAGGAGAAAUUAUAUAUCUUAUUCUUUUUGCAUUAAAAUAUCUAACUCGUGGAAGUGUUUAUACCUUGA